GCUCAGUUUCUCUCCCACAGGCACAGGGAGGCAGUUCUCUCCUGCAGCUGCGCACUGGACUGUGUUUAUAGUGGACUCCCUAAAUCCUCUCCUUCUAGGCUGGGAAAGGAUCACUUUGAGACCCGAUGUGCCUGGUGGGUUUCAGAAUGGAGGACACAAUGUGACCUGCAGACUCAGCCAGUAAAAGGCAGGCAGCAUGCUUCUUCUGCACACGACACUGCUGCUUUGCUCCGCUCCCUUGUUCUUCAGCUCUGCUAACGCUGGGCCAUUCAGCAGUUUCAUGCCCAAGCCCACAGCAAAAUCAAAGGGACUGUCAGACACACCAGGUAAAUCCUACUGGAGCUGGAUACCAGCAAUGAAAUUGCCCCUUCCACCUCUGACACUGCCCUGGAGCUCGUCAGCAGGAGCCAGGGAGGCCAAGAUUACCGCAUCCAUGGCACAAUCGACAACAGAGAGCCCACCGAGCAGCUCAGAUAUCACCACACAACAUCACAUAGUGUCUGUGGAGGCAAUUACUAGCCCCACCCACCAGUUCAGCCCAACCCAGCCUGAAGACACUCCAACCACCAAUGCUCAUUUAGGCACUAUGCAUCCACAAAGGGGAAAAAUACCACCCACAGAUGAGGUGCUCAGGGGAGAGCCACAGACAGAGAGACCUAAACCUUUGCAGGAGCACGACCCGAACUACGACCUCGAGUUCUGGCCUGCCAACAAAGGAAGACCCACAGAGAGAUUUUCAUCCACAGCACUGCCUCUGAGCUCCAUGCAAAAAAUACCAACUGCCUCUACACAGCUAAUCCAGAGGAGCAGCACACUGUCUAUCAAAGUGCAAAACGCAGAGGCCAAGAGCACCACAAAUGACACACCCACUGGCUCCCCAGUGUCACUGUCGCCAGUGCCCAGACUCAUGACUACGCCAGCAAACGCAACGCAGCCAGUGACCAUGCCACAACAGCCGGCUAUUCCCACUUUAGUGACCAACGAAGGCAGAAUACAGUCGCAGUCUGACCUUGGCGUUGGUCCGGAGGGUUCUGUCGGCACCAAAACUGAGUCUCCAACCACAGUCACUGCCUCAUAUCAUGCCCUUGGGCCUGGAGACACCAACAGGGCUACCAGCACAUCUCCUCGCCUACUACUGACUACAAGCAUGAUGGAGGGAGAAGGAUUACCAGGUGUUCCAAAUUUAACUCACAUUCCCUUAACCACAAUCUCAUCAUUAGGAGGAACAGAAGAAGAAAACGAUGAUACGACUGCCGAGGAACCCACAGCCCUUACAGCAAAGGAGAGAGACAGUAUAAAGAACAUCCCCCCGAGCAUGACAACAUUGGGAACUACAGUGGUGCUUGCCACAGUGUCUGAAGACUGGAUGGCAAAUAUGACCCAAGUCUCUGCUCUCCCAGACUGCAACAUGGAACAUUCUGGAGUCUGCAACUUCAGUGGACCUUGGGCCCCCACAUACCCUACUGACUACAGCAACGGUGACAAUAUAAGCUUCACCUUCAGUAAUCAGUCGCAGGCCCCCGUCUUGUUUCCUUCCCUGCCCAUGUUUGUCUCACUCUAUUCUGACUGGAACAGGGCCAUGGCAGCCUGGGGUUUGGCAUGGGAGGCACAUGUUUACGGCCUGGGCACUGUGUUCUGUCUGAUCUCUCUGGCAUCUGCCCUUAACCUUCUGUGUUUGCCUCUGUGCUGCCCUUCAGGCUGUGGCUAUUUCGCUCUAGUCAGCCUCUUCCUGCUAGGUGCUGGCUGCAGCAGAGCUUUUGCACUGCUCUACGAUGCUUAUGGCCACCAGGACCGCAUUGCCUCCACCGAGGCGAUGCUGCUGUUAUACGAGGCCCCGUUUCCCUGCAUGACUGCAGCCUUCGGACUGGUUUUCCUCCUCCUGUCCAUGCGCUCCCGCAUGCAGCUGUCUUACUCCGCCUUCCAGAGGCCCUGCUGCCUGGUUUGCCUGGUCCUGCUGCAUUUUGCCACUGCCUUCGGACCGGUCACGCUGCUUCAGGUUGAUCAGCAGGGGGCGCCGCUCUGCCUCUUCCUCUCGCUGAUCUCCAGAGGUGUCUUUGUGGCUCUAGCAACUUUCUUAUCUAUUGCAUACUUUGUGUUCUACUGCUACGUGCGUGCUGACUCCAAGCACAUUUACCAUCUGAACAACACCUCACCAACUCCAGCCGAGCGCUACAACCGCUGUCCCUUCGCUGAGAGUCAGGACUGGGACCGAGCUGCUGCUGUAGUGUUCCUCUCCGCUAUCUUUUCUCUGGCCUGUGCUGGACUCCAGCUCUAUGCCAUGCUACAUGCGGUGGGUCUCACUGGAGGAGCUGAGGUAUUCCAGCCCUGGCCAUGGUGGGCCUUCCAGCUGAGCUGCCGUGUGUGCGAGGCCUGUGUCUGCCUCACAUUGGCUUUGGUGGUAUCACAACCCAUUUACUGUUCUGACCACCUCCCACAACCCGGCAGCUGCUGGAUGGAACUCUUGGCUGCCAAAUCACCCAUCAUUCCUGGGAGCUACCAGUGGUCCCUGAAUCAGCAGGAGAAGCUGGCAAUCUGUGACCCAAUCGGACAUGGCGAGACAGAAUGCCUGCCACUUUACACACUGGUAGAUGAGCAUAUGGGCAGCCUGAACGGACUGGACCUCUUGUACCAUAGUAACCGGGCCCUUGCAUACCGGGACCUGGACCUGCCUGAUGCCCUUCCAAAUACUAGCGCUCCCUCAGUAGGCUCCUCCUGCACCAGCGACUCCACAGCGGACCUGCGGCCCCCGUCGCCCAUCAACCUGCGCCGCAGCAUUGACGAGGCACUCUUCAGCGAAGCCCUUUUCCCAAUGAGCCUUUUCAGCCCUAUGAGACCCUUCACCUCCAGUGACCACUCCCUGGAGGGCAGGGACACAGGUUCCAGCAGUGCCCAGACCCUCAGAGACAGCCAGCCUUCUGAUCCAGGCCUGUACCGGACUUCCUCUUGCGUGGAGAUGCUACCUGACACCCCUCUCCCUGCUGAGACCUCACAGGAUACAUCUUCGCUGGGCUUCCCUGCCUCCCCGUCUCCAUCUGCGUCUUCCUCUUUCUGUUCAUCUCCAGAGCGCUGGAGAGGCAGUUCAAGCUCUUGUUCCCUCUACAGGUCAUCUCUGGCAGGCUCUUCUCUGGUGCUGUGCUCUAGCCCAGAGGGACACAACCCUCCUCCACCUCCUCCUCCUCUCCUCAGUGGGAGCUCUGGAUGCAGUCACACAACUGGCCCUCAAGCCAGCCAGCAAAGACAAUACAGAACUCAAAGCUCCCAGGAAACGCUAGAGCAGCAGACGGAGUUUGAUCACUCCGUGCAGGAGGAGUUCAUCAGUGUGUGCAGACAGAUAGAUGCUCUUAGUGUCUGCAGUGAGACUAUUGACCUCUAAGGAAACCCUUCCAUGUCCAUAUAUAGAGCACUAACGGUAUGAUGGCAAUUAACUGAAUGAAGAAAAGUGAAAGAAUAUGAGUAAGAGUCUGUAUGAGCAAGUAGAUUAUCAUCAGUAAGGUGCUAAAUCUGACAUUGUGUGCUCCACAUCAUGGCCUAAAAAUGAAUGCCGUCUAGAGAGAUGAAAACAUGCCAAAUGUUUGAUAUGUAUGAAUUUAUCUAUAAGGGGAUAAGCUACCUUUAUGAUGCUAUUCCAUUAUGAAUAACUAAGUGCCAUCACCUGUCAAAAGCUAUGAAAGGUUUUUGUAGAACGUUUCUCAAGCUUAUUAUUGGACAUGAAAAUUUGUAAGGCUUUUAUGAAUUCUCAAGUAAAUUAAGUGGUGUUUGUACAGGUUUGGACAAUAUAUGACUAUAAAUUUAAUAUGAAUACUACUGUAAGUGAAUUAAGACUACUGACUACCCUACUGUAAUAAUGCAAUUAUAGAUUUUAAAAUGAAAGCACUACAGAAAAAUUGUCAAGUAUAUUUAAGAUUUGAAUAACCGUAUGCUUAGAAAUGCCUUUCCAGCUUUAGGCCUACUAUUGUACAGUUUAUUCAGUUUAUUAUCCUGAGGCAAACACCUGUGACCAAAUGUGGUAUGGUUUCAGUUUUAGAGGGCCAAACCUGGCCCCAGAGUAUUAAGGGACAUGCCACUGCCAAUACAGCACCCUCUGCUGGUAGCUUUAGGUAAAACUCACAUUUUGCAGCUUUUCUGUAAUGUCCGGUUGACUAAGCACUUAAGUGACUGCCAUCCAUCUCUCAAUUAAAACAUUUGAUAUAAACUAGUUAAUUUAUUUAUCUGUGGAGUUUCAAACCAUUGCUUCCAUGAAUUUUAAAAUAAAGGCAAAUAACUUUUGGUACAUCUUGUAGAGCACGUUUUGAGCAAUCCUGUACCACAAUGUAACUGGUUUUACUAGAAAUCCUUUCAGGUGUAAAAUAAAAAGACUAAAUGGAAAAUUUAGAUUUCCACUUGAAUUUAAACAAUACAAGAAAAAAAGGAUGGUAAUUAACUGCUUCAAUUUAUUUAUUCAAGAACGGCAUAAGCAAACUGAUUUGGAAAUACUACAGUAAACGCAUCUGACUUCAGGCGUAAGGGAAGGGUGCUACCAGUGGGCAAGUUCUUCCAGUAACUGAAGGAUACUGAAUUUGUCUUUGUACAUCAUGGUGUAAAUCCUACCACCAUCUUAUCACUGUUUACUUGCGAAUGGUUGUGUAAACAGAUGGUGAUUUACAAUGUUCUACGAACAGAGUCAGAGACCUCCAACAUUAACCAACAAAGUCCACUUAAAUAGGCAAGCCCAUGGUAACACGUCACAGUUGUCAAAUAUAUCAAUUCUAUAGUUAAAUCCCAAAAAAGGUUCCAAUUAGAAAGAUUCAGAUUCCAGACAGCCCUACAUAAUACAACAAGCUUGUGGUGCUUUUUGGGUCAAGUCUUCUGAUUUGGGUAUUCUUCUUCAUUCCUGCUUUGAGGCAUGUCACUAGUUUCACCAAUAGGCAAAGCUUUAGGAGAGAGACGCAGCAGAAACAUACAAAGAUUUCAUCUGGGGCUCUAACUGAAAAUGUUCUCCACUGAUUAUUUAUUUUGCCCUUAUUAAAUGUUGAGGUAGCGCACCCCCCUCCCCCGAGAAAAAUUUAAAAAAAAAAUGAACUUGUCAGUACAUAAACAGUAAAAAAGUAAGCCAUUAAGACAGGCAAGUUAUGGCUUUAAAAAAAAUCAUGCAUAAUAAUAAAAAAA